AUGGUGUUUACUCGCCUCGACCACGAAGAAGAUGCCGAGAAGACACUGCAUGCCACGGAGUCAGCGGAGCUGAACUCUACUAGCACAUUUAUGCUUUAUGAUGCGAGGUGGAGGCUGCGAGAGGCUGCAGGAGCUUCUGGUAUCGGUGUAUUUGGCAGGCAGAUGAGUCGCUUGCGCAAGAUAGGGGCACAGUCUCCAGGUGAUCGAGCGGUGCUGGAGGUCUUGAUCUUCAUCUGCUCUUCGGAAGUUUUUAGAAAUGAUAAAAGGCCACCUACUACGCUGCAAAUCUUCAGCUCCAUCGUACAUCCUUUCAUCGAGCUUGCCCACUCAGAGAACUUACAUUCAACGAGAAUGGCUACCACCACAGCUUCAUCAUUCAUUAGCUCUGUGAUCCUGCAGCCCCUCAUCGUGGCGAUCAGCAGCGCUGUGUAUUCAUCCCUCCUAUCCUACGAGAUGGUCGGAAACCUCGACUGGAGGCCGAUCGUCAUAUGCGCGACAUCUGAUGUCCUUGUCAUCGCGGCUGACCACCUGAAGGAUCAAGAAAUUGUCAUCGGUUCUCGAGGCGCAGCUGUCAUAAAGCGCUUUACCCCCCUUGCGCCGACGUUCUUCACCGCAGUUUUCACUUCCCCAGCUUUUCUGUGGACGACCCCGCUUGAUCUUUCGCGGGUCGGCGCAGUAUUGAAGAGAUUCAUAGGGGCACAUUAUAGUCGAGAAGUAGACAAAGCUCACAAACCGUUCGUAAUCAAACGGGUUCCUGGGAUGAAGGCUUUUUUCAGCGGUACCAUUCGAAGCUGUGGGGUGUUCUUAGUCGUCCAGUCGGCGCUGCAGUCGCCGUGGAAAUCGACCCAUGACGCACUUCCAUGGACGAUCGCCGAGACUCUCGUUUGGUCGAUGGUCAAUCGCACCGGUCAUUGUAUUAUGUCGGACGUGCGCGACUACGACGAGGACAAGGAGGCCGGAGUCCCGACCAUACCUGUCCUUCUAGAUUCUCUUCUUAAGACUCGGAUGAUCUUGACUGUCGUUCACGCAGCCAUUUUGACGGCCUUCCGCCAUAAUCCGUUUAUUGUGGCAAGUUCCUGUUUCGCAAUUGCUCUUGUUUGGAUUCUAGGAAAGGAUACCCCGAAACCUUACUUCCGUCUUAGUCUUCACUCGCAGUCGAUCUUCAUUGUUACGUACGCUGUUAUGCUCGCUUUUGGUUUAGACCACUAUUGCACAUCUUAGGGGCUCAAAGGGUGGAUCUUCGGUGUCGGUUCGAUUUGCCGUGUAUUUUCAGGGUCCGUUGUAU